AUGGCGACCAGUCUAAUUGAGGAUGUGGUGAAGAAGCUGAGUGUCGCCGAGACUGGUACGGGCAACUCCCUAUCCGAACGAAGCCUCCUAGUGCUCCCUCUAAUGCAAGUAUCGUGCUAUACAGAGCUUAAGGUCAAGGCCGAGGCAGCAUGUGCGCUGCGCGACAGCCUCGACCAUUAUACGGCGGGACCCGCCUAUCCUGCCUUCUUAAAGAAAGUAAUGCCUGUCUUCAUACACAUCCUCCGUCAGCAGCCGGUGUUCCAGACAACUGGUGAGCAGGGCCAUAUGCAGAAGCUGCGCAACUGCAUCCUCGAGAUCCUCCACCGCCUACCGACAUCCCAGACCCCGCCCGAGCACUUCGAGCCGUAUGCCCACGAGAUUGUCGACCUACUGCUAGAGCUAGUCCGUACCGAUAACGAGGACAAUGUGAUCCUCUGUGUCAAGAUCCUUUCCGAUAUCAUGCGCCAUCAGCACAAGAUCAUGAGCGGCAAGGUCCAGACGUUCUUGAACCUGAUCCAGGAGCUCUUCGAGCAGCUGGACAAGGUCGUCCGGGACCAGCUGGACAAUACGUCGACGACUGGGCCCCCAGGUCCCCCUUCGACUCCCGGGAGCACACAGUCCUCGUUCUUGCCGCACCAGCAAUCUCCUCGACCAGGCUCUCCGGUCACCACUGGGGUCACCGACUUUGGUGCUGAUGCGAACCAGCAGGCCAACCGGCUGCUGCCGAGGGGCAUGUACUCCUUCAAAGUCUUGGCCGAAUGCCCCAUCAUCGUGGUAUCCAUAUUUCAGGUUCAUCGGUCAGCUGUCACCCCCAAUGUCAAGGCCUUUGUGCCCUUAAUCAAGUCGGCUCUGUUGUGUCAAGCGAAGGCUCAAGAUCAGGCACACCGAGAGGCUGCCGCUCGGGGGACCAUCCAUAUUGGGGUCAGCCCCAACAUCAAGAAUCGCGCCGCCUUUGGAGAUUUCAUCACAGCUCAAGUCAAGACAAUGAGUUUCUUGGCUUACCUCCUUCGGCAGUACUCGAGCCAGCUGUCUGAUUUUCUUCCCCAUCUGCCGGACAUCAUCGUCCGCCUGUUGAGAGAUUGUCCACGGGACAAGUCGAGUGCUCGAAAGGAGUUGUUUGUUGCCAUCCGGCACAUUAUCAACUUCAAUUUCCGGAAGAUCUUCUUACCAAAGAUUGAUGAGCUCCUUGACGAGCGAACCCUUGUGGGAGAUGGCCUCACGGUUCACGAGACCAUGAGACCGUUGGCAUACAGUAUGUUGGCCGAUCUCAUCCAUCAUGUUCGGGACCAGCUUUCGCCGGAGCAAAUCCGCAAGACCGUGGAAGUGUACACGCGAAACCUCCAGGAUAAUUUUCCCGGCACGAGCUUCCAGACGAUGAGCGCCAAGCUUCUCCUCAAUAUGGCCGAGUGCAUUGCACGACUACCGAAUAAGGUAGAUGCCCGGCACUAUUUGAUCAUGAUACUAAAUGCCAUCGCCGACAAGUUCGCUGCGAUGAAUAGGCAAUACCCGAAUGCGGUGAAGCUCUCUAAGCAGUAUGCGCAGCAAGCAGCCAAGAAUGUCCCGGAGACAUAUCUCGCCGAUAAGGAGAACCCUCCAGACUGGGAUGAAAUCGACAUCUUCAAUGCCACACCGAUCAAGAUUUCCAACCCUCGCGAUCGGGCAGCCGAUCCUGUGGUGGAUAACAAGUUCCUCUUCAGGAACCUUAUGACGGGCUUGAAGAACACGUUCUAUCAGCUUAAGAGCUGUAACAUCCCAGGAGCGGUGGAUCUAACCGGUGCGCCAGCCCAUUGGACAGAUGUUGCCUACGGCUUCACUGCCGAGGAAGUCAAGGUCAUUGCGAAGCUCUUUCGCGAGGGCGCCUAUGUCUUCAGGUAUUAUGAGAUCGAAAAGCCGGCCGCAGAGUCCCCAUACAGUUCUCCGGUCGAGUACAUGGCAAACUUUUACAUGGUGUCUAGCAGCAAGGAGGAAAAGGAACUGUUAGAGACGUUUGCCACAGUUUUCCACUGCAUCGACCCGGCAACUUUCCAUGAGGUUUUCCAGCAGGAAAUCCCCCGCCUUUAUGAGAUGAUUCAUGAGCAUACCGCUCUUUUGCACAUCCCGCAGUUUUUCCUCGCCAGCGAGGCCACGUCUCCCUCUUUCUGUGGCAUACUCUUGCGAUUCCUCAUGGAGCGUAUUGAAGAUGUGGGCUCGGCGGAUAUCAAGAAGUCAUCGAUUCUGCUUCGACUAUUUAAGUUGGCAUUCAUGGCGGUCACCUUAUUUGCCAAUCAGAACGAGCAAGUACUUCUGCCACAUGUCGUCGACAUCGUGACCAAGUCAAUCGAGCUUUCGACCAAGGCCGAAGAGCCGAUGAACUACUUCUUGCUGUUACGGUCACUGUUCAGGAGUAUUGGCGGCGGCAAAUUCGAGCACCUGUAUAAGCAGAUCCUGCCCCUCUUGGAGAUGCUUCUCGACGUCCUCAACAACCUUUUGAUGGCCGCCCGGAAGCCCGCUGAGCGGGACCUGUACGUGGAGCUGUGUCUCACAGUGCCGGCCCGUCUCAGUAACCUGCUCCCUCACUUGAGUUUCUUGAUGCGGCCGCUAGUUGUCGCGCUUCGUGCGGGAACUGAGCUUGUUGGCCAGGGGUUGCGCACGCUUGAGCUCUGUGUCGACAAUUUGACUGCGGAUUACUUGGACCCUAUCAUGGCGCCUGUUAUCGAUGAGCUUAUGACGGCCCUCUUCGAUCACCUGAAGCCUCACCCGUACAGCCAUUUCCACGCCCAUACUACCCUUCGGAUCCUUGGAAAGCUUGGUGGUAGGAAUCGCAAGUUCAUGACGGAAGCUCUUCCUGUCACUUUCCAGCAGUAUGUCGACGACAGAGCGAGCUUUGACCUGCGCUUGAUAGGAUCAAAACGGGAUCGAGCAUUCCCUGCCCAUCUCGGCAUCGACCUUGCAAUUCAGAAGUUGACGGAGAUUCCCAAGCCUGUGAAGGGUGGUGUUCCUCAGCUCUCUAGGCAAUAUGACCCUUACUACAAGAGGCAAGCUCUGAACCUGAUCAUCGCACAGACGAAGUUGCGGGUUGGGUUCGACAGCGUUCCUGAGGAUCUCCCGCGUCUUGUGCGCUUGCAGGUUGAGGACCUUGUGAAGAAAAACCGGGAUGUGGACAUUUCCCUUUUUGAGGUAUCAGACAAGGAGCGGUCGAUUGCCAAGAAGAAUGAAGAACAAGCCUUGCUCAAACGGUUGCUCAAAGCCCUGCUGUAUGCCGAGUCGAUACCGGAGUUCAAGCAAGAAGUGGACGCUUUGCUCGUCAACCUGGCGCGGCACUUUACUCUUAUUGAGAUUGGGCGCUCCGUGAUCGACAUGAAGAAGGCGUAUACACCAUUCGAUACAAAAUCGGGCGAGGGCCCCCUCUUCAUUGAUAACAGGGUAUUGUCGGAGGCCAUCCUGGAGUCCUUGGCAAAUGAGAACCUCGAAGUUCGUGAAGCCGCUAAGCGCCUGAUCAAGGAGAUGCACAACGCGGCCGUGACCGUCUUCGGAUCGCCAAUGCAUGUUCCGCGCAUGACAUUCUGGAGCAGUUUGGCCUCGACAUUCUGCCACGGGUGCUAUGAAGAAGAGUGGUUCACCAAGCAAGGAGGCGCCUUGGGCAUCCAGACCCUUCUCACCGAGAUUGACCUCGGUGACCUCUGGGUGGCGGCCAAGCAGAUCGAAUUCGUCCGCGCCCUGAUGUAUGUCGUCAAGGACAUGCCCCAGGAUCUCCCGGAAAAGACCCGGAGGACCGCUCAGGUCACGCUCGAGCAACUGCUCGCGAGGAUCACCAGGAAUGCCAAGAAGCAGGACUGCUUGCCACCACCCCCUCCUCCUGCACCUCCUGGAUCUCACCCACCGCAACCGCCCCCGAGACCUCCUAGGCUAGCACAGCUUGUUAUGAUGCUCAACUCUGAGCUUGCUCAUAUGAAUCGACAUGUGAGGGCAACAGCCAGGAGGUCGAUUGAGGCGAUUGCUGCAGCUGCGCAGGCUGAAGUGUGGGAGCUCCUGGAGCCUCACAAGAAGCAUAUUCUUGGGCCGAUCUAUGCCAAGCCCUUACGUGCUCUUCCGUUUGCAAUUCAAAUCGGCUAUAUUGACGCGGUGACCUAUUACAUGUCGUUGAAGCGCGACUUUGUUCCCUUCGACGAGAAUCUCAACCGCCUGCUUAUGGAGUCCCUAGCCCUGGCGGACGCGAGCGAUGAAUCUCUGGCCGGCAAGACCUUGGAGUUCAGGACGCAUGACUUCAUCGUCAACCUGCGUGUAUCCUGUAUCAAGAUCCUGAGCCGCGCGAUGAGCUUUGAGGAGUUUGGCAGCGGAUCGAAUAAUCCCACAAGACCGAAAGUGGUGUCGGUUUUCUUCAAGUGUCUGUAUUCAGACUCUCAGCCAACCAUUGACGCUGCCAAUGACGCUCUGAAGGCUGUUCUUCAACAUACCACAAAAUUGCCCAAAGAUUUGCUGCAGUCUGGUCUCCGGCCCGUUCUCGCCAGUCUGCAGGAUGCGAAGCGCCUUACGGUCCAUAGUCUGGACAAUUUGGGCCGUCUGCUGCGGCUCCUGACAACAUACUUCAAGGUCGAGAUCGGAACCCGGCUGCUUGAGCAUGUCAAGCAAAUCGCCGACCCGAACUUCCUCCAGCAGCUGUCUUUCACCUUUUUCGAGCAGAACAACGCCAUGAAAGUCAUUGCCGCCGUCUUCAACAUCUUCCACUUGUUGCCUGAUGCGGCCAGACAGUUCAAGGAGCGCGUCAUCGACAAUGUCCUCGAUUUGGAGCAGAAGCUCCGGAGGACUCACCACAGCCCUUUCCGUCUGCCUCUCUACAAGUACCUUAACAAAUACCCUUCUGAUAUCUGGGCCUUCACCUUGCAGAAAUUGGAGGACUUGAGGUACGGUCGCUUUCUGGCUCAGGUGCUGCGCCACCCCGACAGCCAGGUACUUCGUGACUACGGCGCCGCGAAUGUCGAGUUCAUAAUCAAGACAUGCAAUACCGUCGUCGUCUCUGGCAAAGAAACCAAGUUCAUUGCCAUCAUAAACACAAUCAACAUGCUGGAUGCUCUCUGCCAGUUCCCCACAGCCAACUCUCAGUCCUGGCUAGACAACAAGGAGCACAUUGAAUGGCUGAAGACGGUUGGUAAGGAGCUGGAGCUCCAACAAAAGAAAAACAGCUUGACGCCGAACCUCCGGCUUCCGGCCCACCAGGCUUCUGAGCAGCUCAUGAACAUCCUGACAAAGGCGCUAGAUAGGAACCCGAAUGACCUGGAUGCUCUCUUCAGUCUUGUUGAGGGGAUCACCUCAGAUGACUUCCGCGAGACGCCAGCGUUGCUUUCCCAUAUCUAUAACAAGAUCAUUCGCAGCGAUUCCAUCGAUUUCUGGAGGAUCACCAUCCUGCGCUGUCUCGACAUAUAUUCCGGGAAGACGGCGUCGCAGCGGAUGAAAUGGUAUCUGCUGCACAACAUUGUCAAUCCGAUUAUUGCGAUGGAUGUCAUGAGGACCUGGGACGACCCAAACAAGGCCUCACGACUUCUGGACAGGACGGUGAUCGACUCGAUCAACACUAAGAUUUGGAAAGUCAACCUGCCCGAUCCGCAAGAGGAUUUGCUGCAGCCUAGGGUAGACCACACUCGCAUGGAGGUCCUUCAACUGUCGGCCAUGCUUGUCAAGUAUCGUCAUGCCCUCCUGCAAGAUGCGCGCAAGGAUUUCAUCAAGUUUGCCUGGACAUACAUUCGUCUGGACGAUGUGAUCAACAAGCAUGCAGCCUAUGUUGUCAUCGGGUACUUCAUCGCGCACUACGAGACGCCGGCCAAGAUUGUUUCCCAAAUCUAUUUCUCUCUUCUCAAGACGAACCAGAACGAAGGCCGUGCUCUCGUCACCCAGGCGCUGGAGCUGAUGGCGCCAGUCAUGCCCAAGCGGUGCCCAUUUCCUCCAGGUGAUCGCAACCCGGUUUGGGCGCUUGCUCCACGCCGUAUCCUUGCCGAGGAGAGCCAGAACGUUCAGCAGAUGACAGCCAUUUUCCACUAUCUGGUGCGGCAUCCAGAUCUGUUCUACGAUACUCGAGACAAAUUUGCGAUGCUCAUCAUCCAGUGUUUGCGCAAAGUCGCGUCGCCGCCAAACCCCUCGAAUGACAACCGCAAGCUCGCGCUCAAUAUGAUGUGGUUGAUUUGGCAGUGGGAGCAGCGGCGCGUCGAGAGCAAGCUUAGCGAGCCUCUUCGGGCCCCGUCCGAGUCCCCCAAUAGCAACAAGCGCAAACUGGAUGAGCAACAAGGGCUUUCUCCAUCGGCCACACGGCAGGCUGAGUUCCAGAUUCCCUCGGUUGGGCGUCACAAGAUGAUCCGCUAUCUUGUGGAAUUCAUUGCACAGCUCAACGAGCGUUAUCCCCUCCCUUCUGCCAGACCGUCUGAUCCUCCUACGACAACGAGCUUUUUGCUUCCUUCUCCUUCAAAUGAGCUGUGUAAGAAGGCGACGGCUCUCCUCUACAACCUCCUCCAGCCACAGUACUGGGGCGAUCUCGUAGAGGAGAUGGACCUGUUCCCGAACGUCACGGAUCUCGUUCUGGCGGGCGAGAAGUCAGCCACUCUCCUUUCUGCGGACCCGUCGGACCCCGAGAAGUGCGACGAUAAGCUGAUCACCAGUAUCAUCAACACGCUCCAAGUGGUCCGUAUCGUCCUCCACUUCAAGUCAGAUAGGUGGAUUCUAGACAACAUGCCGCAAAUCCAGAAGAUUUUGGAGAAAUGCUUGAAGUCCGCAAAUCCAGAGAUUCAGGACUGCUUGCACAUGGCUGACCGGAAAUACGAUGGAGACCGUGACGUUAAGCCCACCAUCAAGCGGAUUCUGGACGCUGUUCCGGAAGAUAUCCCGAUGGAGGACGCUGAUGGAGACAUUGAGCCCGAGUCGCAGACUUCGGAACUCAUCGCCUGGCUCUCGGGCAUCGCUACGGAGAGCAUGGCCGCCGGAAACUAUGUCUCGGGUAUCAACAUCCUGUGGUCUUUGGGCCAUCGCAAGCCUUCCAUUAUCGACCAGCACAUACCGGCCAUCAUGAGGUCGCUCCAGUCAAAGCUGGCUCGUGACCAUGUUUCCCACUACGCCGCACUGGGACACCAGGCCAGUGGUCUACGGCCUCAGGCAGACCCUAAUGCGCCGACAGAAAUGAAGGCUUAUGACCUUGAGAUUCAGACGAACUUAAUCCUGAAGGCCAUCGAGGUGACUGCCAUGCGCAUGGAGAUUUUGGGCGACAACAGGAGGCCAUUCCUGAGCGUGCUCGCUACGAUAGUAGAGAAGUCCUUGCACAUUCCGCUCUGCGAAAAGAUUCUCGAGAUGGUGGAGGGCUGGGUAUUCCGGUCGGAAGGCACGUGGCCCACGCUGAAGGAGAAGACGGCGGUGCUUCACAAGAUGAUAUCCUUCGAGCACCGUACCGAUCCGACCAUGCUUCACAAGUUCCUCAACCUCGUCCUCCGCAUCUACGAGGACCCCAAGAUCACUCGCACAGAACUGACCGUCCGCAUGGAGCAUGCCUUUCUCAUCGGCACGAGGGCUCAGGAUGUCGAGAUGCGCAACAAGUUUAUGUCCAUAUUCGACAAGUGCUUGUCCAAGACGGCUAGCGCCCGGUUGGCAUAUGUGAUUCUCGGCCAGAAUUGGGACACACUUGCGGACUCGUACUGGCUUGCGCAGGCGUCGCAGCUUCUUUUGGGCGCUGUUGAUAUGAAUCCUACCAUCCAGCUGCACCAGGACGAUUUCCGUACGCUCCCCAUCUCCCAGCUUGUCGCUCCUUAUGCCAAGGACUCUCGCGAGCCAUCCGUCAUGAUCGACGAUAAAUUUGAAGCCUUUAUGGCUAACCACCGCCGCUUCCUGGCCGAGCUCGGCGAUGUGAGAGCUCGCGACGUCUUGGAGCCUCUGAUGCAGCUUCAACACAUCGACGCCAACUUUGCCCACGAGCUUUGGGUGGCCUUGUUCCCGAUGUUCUGGUCGGCGGUGCCCAAGGAAGACAGGCCGGAUCUCGAGCGCGGUCUCGUCACCUUGCUCACCAAGGACUACCACUCUCGCCAGAUGGACAAGCGGCCCAACGUGGUUCAGUCGCUCAUGGCAGGUGCUGUCAAGACGUGGCCACAUUGCAAGAUCCCGCCCCAUGUCCUCAAGUUUGAGGCAAAGACAUACGAUGCCUGGUACACGGCACUGCAUCAACUCGAGAAUGCCGCCAUUAAGCCCGAGAUCGAUUCUGCCGCAGUGCGUGAAAGCAACCUCGAUGCUCUGGUGGAUCUUUACUCGACCCUCGGGGAGGAUGAUUUAUUCUAUGGCACGUGGCGUCGUCGCUGCCAGUUCGUUGAAACGAACGCCGGCCUGUCUUAUGAACAGCACGGCAUGUGGGAGAAGGCCCAACGCAUGUACGAAUCCGCCCAAAUCAAGGCACGGACCGGUGUCAUCCCAUUUUCCGAAGCGGAAUACAUGCUUUGGGAGGACCACUGGGUGCUGUGCGCGCAGAAGCUGCAGCAAUGGGAGAUCUUACAGGACUUUGCUAAGCACGAGAACUUCCAGGAUCUCCUCUUGGAGUGCGCCUGGCGGAACACAGAGUACUGGCAGAACCAGGAAAAUCGCGACCAGUUGGAUACCGUCAUCAAGGGUGUCAUGGAUGCACCAACGCCGAGACGCUACUUUUUCCAGGCUUUCAUGUCGCUUCUCAAGCUGCAUAACAAGCAAGAGACUCCCCAGGACUUCAACCGCGUGGUCGACGAAGCGAUUCAACUGUCGAUAAGGAAGUGGCACCAGCUCCCGAAGCGACUCACCGCGGCCCACGUUCCCCUCUUGCAGAACUUCCAGCAGCUAGUUGAGCUUCACGAUGCGAGCGUCAUCUGCCAGAGCCUCGCCCAGACGAACGCCAGCAACCUCGACGUCAAGUCCGGCGAGCUCAAGCUGCUUCUCGGCUCUUGGAGGGACAGGCUUCCCAACAUGUGGGAUGACAUCGUCGCGUGGCAAGAUCUUGUUACCUGGAGGCAGCAUGUGUUUGGUCUCAUCAACGCUACUUACUUGCAACUGAUUCCGCAACAGGCCCAGAACGCCGGUGGCGCGUCAUUUGCAUACCGCGGAUACCAUGAGACCGCCUGGAUUAUCAACCGGUUCGCCCACGUCGCCAGGAAGCACGCGUUGCCUGAAGUCUGCAUUAGCCAGCUCAGUCGCAUCUACACGCUUCCUAACAUAGAAAUCCAAGAGGCGUUCCUGAAGCUGCGCGAACAGGCCAAAUGCCACUAUCAAAACCCGGACGAGCUGACAAGCGGCCUGGACGUCAUCAAUAAUACUAACCUCAACUACUUCAGCGCCCCGCAAAAAGCCGAGUUCUAUACAUUGAAGGGUAUGUUCUUGGAGAAGCUUGGUCAGAAGGAAGAAGCCGACACUGCGUUUGGCACGGCCCUCUACUUUGACAUCACAGCUGCGAAAGCCUGGGCGGAGUGGGGUUACUUCAACGACAGGAAGUUUAAGGAGAAUCCUUCCGACCUCCCGUCCGCCAAGCAGGCGCUCACAAGCUACCUUCAAGCGGCGUCGAGCUACAAGAAUCACAAGUCGCGGAAGCUGAUCGCGCGCAUCCUCUGGUUGCUGAGCCUUGAUGACGCCAACGGCACAAUUGCGGCAGGUUUUGAUGACUUCAAGGGCGAGAUCUAUGUGUGGUGGUGGAUCAUCUUCAUCCCCCAGCUCCUAGUCGGGCUUGGUUACAAGGAGGCGCCGAGGGUGCAGGCCAUUCUGCUCAAGAUUGCUAAGACGUACCCGCAGGCGCUCUACUUCUUGCUCCGCACCAAUAGGGAGGACAUGCUCACGAUCAAGAAGAACCAGGAGGCAAAAGAGCGCGCACGACAGCGAGCUGCGCAGGCCGCAAUCCCUAACAAACCGAACGGCUCUCCGCAGCUCACGAAGAAAGACGGCGCUGCUGGAGCGGCUGAUGGCCGACCACCGACAGCCAAUGGCGAGACGCCAAAGCCGCCAGAGAUCAAGAUCGAGGGUGCUGCUCCCAAUGCACCGACUGCUGCUACACCACAAGCAGCGGCAAACGCCCCUCAGGUUCCGGGAGCUGCGCCGGCCGAGCAGCAGACAGGCGGUGUCCAGAAGAAGCCGCCAUGGGAGCUCACUGAGGAGAUCAUGAGUGUCCUCAAGACAGCAUUCCCGCUUCUUGCGCUGUCAAUGGAGACGAUGGUAGACCAGAUCCAGAAGCAUUUUAAGUGUCCGCCUGAUGAGGACGCCUAUCGUCUCAUUGUCGCCCUGCUCAACGAUGGUCUCUCGUACGUCAGCCGCAUGCCGGCCUCUUAUGCUAAGGACGUCAAGCUGCCGGCGGCCACGGAGAACAACAUCACGCGCUUUGCCGAGACAAUCCUACCGAACCACAUCCGCCCCACGUUUGAGGCUGAUUUCGUCAAAGUCAAGCCCACGAUGUACGAGUACAUUCACAAUCUUCGCAAGUGGCGCGACAAGUUCGAGGAGAAGCUGGAUCGCCGCGCUUCGCCGGCUCCUCUCGAGAGCUUCGCCCAUUACUCGCCACAUCUCAGCGAGUUCCGGUACCAGAAGUUCGACGACGUCGAGAUUCCGGGGCAGUACCUGCAACACAAGGAUAAGAAUCAGGAUUUCAUCCGGAUUGACCGGUUCCUGCCCAACGUCGACCUCGUGCGGACCAUUGGCGCCUCACACAGACGACUCCGCAUCCGCGGCCACGAUGGCAGCGUCCACGCAUUUGCGGUUCAACACCCCGCGGCACGGCAUUGCCGGCGUGAAGAGCGUGUCCUGCAACUGUUCCGACAGCUCAACCAGACCCUGGCCAACAAGAAGGAGAGCAGGCGUAGAGACCUGCAGUUCACGCUUCCGCUUAUGGUGCCGCUCGCGCCUCACAUCCGGAUUGUGCAGGAGGACACUUCGUACAUUACUCUCCAGAGUGUCUAUGAGGAUCACUGCAGGCGACAUGGCAUGAACAAGGAUGAGCCAAUUCUUUUUACAAUGGAGAAACUCCGCGGUCUAAUGGAUGCUAAGGCCUUGCAAAAACCGGAGCAGGCGGUCACGGCCAAGCUCGAAGUAUACCGGGCCAUCCAGGAGAAGUUCGUCGACCAUACAAUCGUGUUGGAAUACUUCCAGGGGGCUUACCCGAACUUCGCCGACUUCUGGCUCUUCCGCAGGCGCUUCUCGUACCAGCUGGCGGCGCUCACCUUUAUGACGUACACGAUGCACAUCGACAAACGUUACCCGCACAAGAUGAACAUCGCUCGGGGGUCCGGCAACAUCUGGGGAUCGGAAGCUGUGUCGUACAUGGCACCAAGCCGGCCAUUAUUCCAAAAUACCGAGCCGGUUCCGUUCCGCCUGACGCCCAACUUGCAAACAUUGAUGGGCCCGUUGGCCACAGAAGGCAUCUUUGCGGCCUCAGUGAUGGCGAUCGCGCGUUGCUUGACGGAGCCGGAGCAGCACCUGGAGCAUGCGCUGACGCUCUUUGUGCGCGACGAGAUGAUGUUUUGGUUCACCAACUCCCACCGGACUAUGAGCCUGACGGAGAAUCAGCUGCGCGAGACGGUGCAGGCCAACUGUGAUAUGAUCGUCAAGAAGGCCCUGGCUCUUGCGCAGACUCCACAGGGCAACUUGCCUGCACACCAGACGGUCACGGAUCUAAUUGCUAAGGCCACGAAUCCGAUGAACUUGGCAUUGUGUGAUGCACUGUGGAUGCCGUAUCUGUGA